AAAUAUAUUAUUAUUAUUAUUAUUAUUAUUAUUAUUAUUAUUAUUAUUAUUAUUAUUAUUAUUAUUAUUAUUAUUAAUAAUAAUAAUAUUUAUUUAUAACAGAUUAGACGACUGUUUUUCAUUAUCCGUUCCUGUGGAAAGUAGCCAAAUAUUUAUUAGAUUACUAGCGGCACGCCUUGCUCUGUUUUAAAAAGACUUAUUUACAAAUAAGAGAAGAACAAAAACGCAAGAUCCUGGAUGAUUUUUGGGAGGAACCCCGCAGUUCAGUAACUCGAUCAGAGACUGCUAAUCACUGCAAUGGAUUCGAGGAGGAUCGCAUUAACUUGCUGUUUCAUGAUUCUCGCAAAGGUUGCUGCGGGAGACACCUGUGAGAGUAACCGCUUCACAGAGGAUGGCGACUGCUGUGACCUUUGCCCCUUAGGAUUUGGGGUCACUGUCGAAUGUGGCAAAACCAACACUCAAUGCGAAGCCUGCCAGGAAGGUGUGACAUUCUCUGCGCUCCCCGGCACCCCCUGCAGCCCAUGCUCGCUCUGCCCCCAGGGUAUCCAGGUGACGGGUCUCUGCAUGGCCACGCAGGACACGCAGUGCAACUGCGGCGACGGCUUCUUCCUCAAUGUGGUGAAUGGCUCUGACCCUCUGUGCACUCCCUGCUCGUCUUGUGGGAAGGGGCUGGGUGUGGAGUGGGAGUGCGGGCCUCGCUGGGACACCAAGUGUAAGGCCUGCCCAGGGGGAACCUACUCCGAGGAGAACAGCCAGACUGAGACCUGCCUCAACUGCACAACCUGCCAGGAGAGCGAGGUGCAGAUCCGCGAGUGCACCGCCAACUCCGACACACUCUGCAUGGACAAGAAACUGAUGAUCUUGCAGAGACAGGGCACUGCCUCUCCAAAGGACUCAUCUCGUCGUGUGGAUCCCAUGGAGUCUGAGACCAGCACCUACCCCAGCUCCCCAGACUUCACCCCUCAAGAGGACAACGGCAAGAACAUCAUCCCAGUGUACUGUUCCAUCCUGGCAGCCAUCGUCAUUGGUCUGCUCAUCUACGUUGCCUACAAGUGCUGGACCUCAUGCAAGCAGAAGCAGCAGCUGGCGAAAGCGCGUGCCAGCGAGCUCAACUGCUCCCCCGAAGGAGAGAAACUGCACAGCGACAGUGGGGUCUUCCUGGAUACACACAGCCUGCAGGAGACACAGCAGCUCAAAGGCAAUAAACUGGAGAGCCGUCUGUACCUCAACGUUGCCCCCCAGAGGCAGGAAGAGAUUGAGCAGCUGCUGCUGGACACCAGCUGUGGGAAGGGCUGGCGCCACCUGGCUGCUCAACUGGGGUAUGAGCAGGAUCAUGUGGACACCUUCGGGCGGGGCGAGGACCCCGUGCACACCCUGCUCUCUGAUUGGUCGGCUCAGGAGGGCACCACUGUGUCGGCACUGUACGCUGCGCUGAACCGUAUUGAGAGGAGUGAUGUGGCAGCAGCUCUAAGCAGACCAGCUGAGGCCAGCUCUGUGGUGUGACCUGAGACAGAGAGAGCGAGAGAGAGAGAAAGGACU